AUGCCUCGUCCUGGGAAGAACUCCUACAGCGACCAGAAGCCUCCAUACUCCUACAUCUCACUGACAGCGAUGGCUAUCCAGAACUCAGCCGAGAAGAUGCUGCCCCUGAGUGACAUUUACAAGUUCAUCAUGGACCGUUUCCCCUAUUAUCGAGAGAACACGCAGCGGUGGCAGAACUCCCUGAGACACAACCUGUCCUUCAACGACUGCUUCAUAAAGAUCCCCCGGCGGCCUGAUCAGCCAGGGAAGGGCAGCUUCUGGGCUCUGCACCCAGACUGUGGAGACAUGUUUGAGAACGGCAGCUUCCUAAGGAGACGGAAGCGCUUCAAGGUGCUGCGCGCGGAGCACAUGGCCUGCAAGAGCUCCCCGAUGAUGCACUACUUCCACCAUCACCACCACCACCACCACCCGGGCGGGAAGCUGGGCGCAGCAUCCGCCCAUCAUGACCACUCAGCCGGGCAGGCCAGCAGCGUGGGUCGGCUGCCUCACUUUCAGGGUUACGGGGGGAUAACGUGCGCACAGCCCGGCGGGUUCAAGCACCCAUUCGCGAUAGAGAACAUCAUAGGACGGGACUAUAAGGGUGUGAUGGCCAGCGGGCUCCCCCUCACCUCUGUCAUGCACCACCUGGGCUAUCCGGUGCCGCCACAGCUCAGCAGCGUGGUCAACUCCAUGUGGCCUCACGUAGGGGUGCUGUCAGAGUCCAUGGGGGGCGUGCCCGUGCCCGCAUCCUCCGAGUACGCGCCAUUCAGCGUGUCCACAAAGGGCCUCUACCAUAACGCAAACGGGCAGACCCUCCCAGCGGUCCCCGUGCCAAUUAAACCCACCCCAUCCUUGGGACCCGUGCCCGGCUUGACGGGGCUGCAGACCGGCCCGGCUCAGCUGUGCUCCCCGGCCUCAGUGAUGGAGAAAAGUGACCUGCUGGAGGGGAAAGGAAACCCUCUUCACCCGGCUCUCCUGCUGUCAUAA